UGGUGGGCGUCAAAUAGAUCGAGAUAUCCUGCGCUGCAGCGACGUGCUCUAGCUCUUGUUGUAGUCUUACCUGCAGCAGUGAGAGAGUGUGGACAGAUGAAAGGGAAAAGAGGCAGAAAGACAGCCAAAGGGAAAGGGAAAGGUGUGCAGUCUGAGAGGUCACCUAGUGGAAACAAGACAAGAGGAGAUGAGGAUACACCACAUGGCUCUGCAGAAAAACCAACUUUUAGCGGAGGUGGGUCUCUGGAUGAGCAGUUGGAGGCCACAGCUGCCAAGAAAAACCUCUCAGUCACUAAUGUCAAGAGCAUACUGCAUCAUUUGGUAAAGGACCAGCGAGUCCUGAAGUUAGUGCAGAGACUGGCAGCUAAAGAGGAGGGAGAAGGAGAAGGAGGAGAGAAGGAAGGGAGCCGCCACAUCUCUGAUGACUGGGAGGAACUCACUGCCUAUGAGCCUAGACUGACGAGGUCAAGAGUCAGACAGGCCGUCAUGUCGGCAGUUGCCUCUGGCAGUCUCUCCACUGACAAGAUUGCUCUGCUCAAGUCUUCCUCCAAAGAGAAGGAGGCAGAUCCCAUGGAGGACGAAGACGACACGGAGGAAUCCUCUGACGAGGAGUAUAACCCUGGCUAUUCCAGCGGUGACGAGGAGGAAGAGGAAGAGGAGGAGGAAAUGGAGGCAGAGGAGGAAGUGGAAGUGACUGAGCAGAUUGGAGGAGAACCAGAGGAGGAGGAUAUUAGUGAAGAGCCGAUGGAAUCUCAGCCAACCCAAUGUGGUACCAUUCCCUACUCCCUCCCCACCGUCACCAGUAUCACUUCUUCCUCUCCCACCAAGUCUACUCUCACACCUCACUCUGACUCCUCCCACUGCCACACCCACUCAUCAAUCACCUCCACAGCUGUCGAUUCCACCUCCACCACAUCUCAGACCACAACCCUCUCACCUCAGACCACACCCACUAACUCUCAUACCACACCCAUAUCGUCUCAGACCACACCCACUACAGGCACUCUGACCCCACUACCAGGGACCCCUCCUCGAAAGUCAUCUCCUAAUCAAACCUCCUUACAUCAUCACUUUCAUCAACCGCAAGAGGUGGAAGAACAUGACAGAGAGAUCCAGGAGACAGCUCUGCUCUUGGCCUCAAUGACUGGUCCUCAGAACACACUGAGUCCUCUGAAAUAUCUCACACAACAGCAGCAGCAGCAACCAUCAGCUACUGAUACUAGCGGUGGUGGUAAUAAGAGUGUGGUAGUGACUGCUAGGGAGAGGGAGGUGGAGGGAGGCAGCAUUUCAGAAAACAGGCCAGUUUCGGGACUUUGUUCAAGUGUUGCUCCUUCAACUUGUGGUGCCGGGAAUGUUGCUAGUGGUGGUCAUGGUGGGUUGUCCCGUAGUUUACUGACUGGCCCCAGUGGUGAUGGGGUUAAAGUACCCCACGGUAUUGCCGAGCUGUCCACUGGAGAUAUUGAAGGACUGCCAGGAAUCGAAAGCUUUUCACCCGCAAUCACUGUGGCCGGCACAAGUGAGGAGGAGAAGAUUGCUCAGCGAACUCGCUCCAAACAUCCGCUACACGAUGUAUCCAUUACAUCAUUGGAGGCGGGGCUUGGCACAGUGGAGGGGGAAGAUCCCCCGACCCCUCGAGAAUUGGAUCCUGACGAGCUAUGGUGGCACCAGUGGCUUAACUCCCUCACCUCUGACCCCCUCAAUGACUCCCUGGCCUCCCAUGUCGCCGAGGAAGAGGAGGAGGAAGAUGGAGAGUACAAUUUCCUGGCAGACUGUCUCAGACAAGAGGAGAGAGAGGAGUUCAGGAACGACAGAGCCGUCCGGAUACCACGGAAGGAAGUUGAUGAUCUUAUAACAGAGCUCCUCAAUCCUUCAGUAGAGGUGAGUGGUGGCCGACUGCUGUCAGAUGACGGACUGGACCUCACUGGGGCCUACCUACUGGAGACUCUUGGAGUGCAAAUACCAACAUUAGCUGAUCAGUCUUCGUCCUUACUGAUGAUGGAACCCCCUUCACUUCUCCUCCCUAACGAACCCGUCCCUCCCUCCUCCUCCUCUCCCUCCUCUCCCUCCUCCUCUGCCUGCUAUCUCAGCCAGGACCAGACCAGACUGCUCUGGACUCAAAUACAGCAGCAUUUCCAGCUGAUAUUGCAGACGUUUGUUCUGUCGAGGUUCGAGCCUUCGCUGGUGUUUGUGUCUCAAGUGGCGGCCCAAGCACUGGAUGAACUGUCUCGAUGGUGUUCAUCCACCAAACAAAACGGGAAGGGGGUGUGGUAUAUACCUGACCUACAGGAUGGUCUGGACCUGGUCAAGACUCUAGACCCAUACAAUGAGAAUGCUGUGAAAAUAACACCAUCGGCAGGCAACCCACCCAAGGUGCCAGAAGGUGCCCAGCGUGUGUUUAUGGACACCGUGCUCUUCUGGAACUACCCUCACUUCCUCCCUGCCACUGGAUUCACACCCCUGACUACAAACUCUGCAUCUGCAUCAAAAUACUUCACUCCUCAGGAAGAAUGUCUACUGGUACUGGGGAUGGAACACUAUGGAUCUAAUGCAUGGCAGGAUAUUCAGACCAAUGUCCUCCCUACAAAGACGCUCAAGCAGUUGAAACUCAGGGUUAAAAAUCGAUGUUCAAAAAGAAGCGGAAGCAAUGCCAUCAAGGAGUACAAGAAGACAAAGACAAUUCCUCAGAUUAGUGAUGAUGUUCUGUCAGAAGUACCCCAUUGGAUUAUUACGCAGCAUAAGAAGGCACUCAGCAAGGAAAAAGAAGAGAUUCAAAAGAAGCAGAAACAAUCGACCAAGUCAGAAAGAUCCUGAUAAACUCGGCGAGCAAGAUUGCGGCCAGCAGGGAGCGCUCUGGGUCUCCUGUCAGAGACUGUACCUCAGCACACCCUGCAGCAGGAUCUUCUUCUAGCACUACAAAUGACUCUGCUUCUAGCUCCUCUGCCCAGCCUCACUCCACUAGUCAGCCUUCCACAACCAGUGGUAAAAGAACCUCCAGUGAUGCCAUUGGUGGUAGCUUGGUGGCAAAAAAGCCCCGUGUCCAGCAAGAGUGGUAGGAGAGAGUCAACGACAGUGGUGGCAGUGAGAGAUGGGUGUGGUGAUGGUGAUACUGGUGAUGAGUGUGGUGUGAGGAGAGGGAGGAGAGCCAGUCUGGAGCAUCUGCUACUGGCUGCAGGGGUAGAGCCAUCUGAUCCAAUGUCAAGAUUCUCUUGUCAUUUUCUACGAGAAGUGAAGGUAUUAUACACAUAUUUUUUAUCGCUUUAAAGGAGACAUUUUGUGUAUUUUGAGGUUGGUACAUGAAUAUUAAUUUAAUAAUGGGCAGAGAGUCUGCAUGCAAUUUUGUAGGACAUUUUCAUUGCCUUCUGCCUUACCUACUUUUCAGGUGUACACGUGUGUGUGGCAUGGUAACAUGUUCAUGAUACUAUGGUGCAUGUAUCGAAUACUCUCAUCUCUUUUUUCACUCAUGCAGAAAUCGGUGGCCGGCUCUAGACCAGGGACCUACCAUCAGUUCAUUCAGUUGCUGCAGGAUCACUGUGAACGCCAGUGGAGACCCUCAGAGGUUGACUGGGAGGGUGGGGUUGUUAUACAGACAGACUGUAUGAUAUACUUCUUUCAGCUAUACGGCAGAGUCAGGGAGUUAUUUGGGCCAUGGCCACAUCUUGUCAGCCUCUUCACCGAAUUUCUAAGUCCACAGGAUUGCCUAGAGGCCAAUGUGUUGGAAGAGAGACAUGACAUGGAGAAUGUAAAGUCAUUCAUAGUAAGGUUACAGGAAAAGUACAGUGAUGCUCCUCUGGAACUGAGGGAGAUCAUUGAGAAACUGAAGCAACUCGACAACCCUUCAGUCAGCAGACAAAAGGUGUAUGAGUCACUGCUACCACUGGUAAGAGUCCACCAGGACCUCACUGAAGACCUCAGGAGACUGCUCCUCCACUUAGCCCCACCUCCUAGGUCCGCAUUAUUAUACACCUUUCCUACUCUCUGAUUCACAUGUUAUUACACAUUGUUCCCCCACCCUGGUAAUGUUCCAGGGAUGAUGACAGAUACGAAGAAAUAACACUGAAUGGAAACACGCAUCCUGAUGAUUUUGAAGAGGCAACCUUGCACUGAUCAAGAAGCUAUGGAAUCACUUCAGCAAUCACUUAUUCAGACAUUCCUCGGGUAUUAUUUAUCACACAGUCAUUUGUGUUUUGACUUCUGAUGACAGUCCAUGGGAACUGUUGAAUUCAUUGGUGCUAACUCAUUUUGAUUCCAACAAUCUUUGUAUUGGCAAGGCAGCUCACAGUCACAAUGUUCACGUGCAUGCUUUUCGUGCGCCAAGGGUUUGCAUUUCAGUGCUUUUUAUUGUGUUACUUAUAGUGUCAGAGUAAACACUCCCCCAUAUAAUUCAUUGUUGUGUUA